GUAAAGUUAAAGAUGCAACAAUACACUAUCUUUAUCAUCCUAGCUGUAUGCAGUUGUAUUGCAUUAUGCAUUGCUACCGAAAUUGAUAAUAAUCAAUACGAUCAUCAAGCAGAUACAUUAAAAACUCUCGAUACAACUAAUGAAUUCAAUAAUGGAGCUGAAGAACACACAAGAACUAAGAGGACACUUUUUUUAAAAAAGAAAUUAUUAAAUGUUGGAAUUUUAGGAUUUGGUUUGGGCGUUGCUAAAGGUUAUAAACUUGGAUACUACAGUGCUCCUGAAGUUCAUCGUAUAUAUGUACCACCACCACCACCAGCUGUUAAAUAUGUAGAAUAUGUUGAAAAACCAGUUUACAUUUCAAGAAUUAUCGAAAAACCAGCACCAAUUUACAAAUCGGCUCAUUUAGAUUAUGAACCAUCCUGGUCGCAACCUGAUCCUUCGCCUACCUACGGAUCCUGGUAAAACAAAGAUUUAAUGUUUUUUAAUAAAAUGUAUAAAGUAUAACCAUCAUUCAGGGAGUCAGCGAAAGAAUUCAAUAAAUUCAAAUUUGUACGAAAAAAUUCCUCAUAAUUUGCAUAGAUUAAUUUCUCAUAUAUCUACCAGAUUUAUCAAAAAACAUCAUAAGAAAAAUCAACCACUGUC